AGAGAGAGAGACUGCGGAGCGAGCGAGGCCAAGUGCAUUGUGUCUGGCGGCGGCGCGCGGGCCCACCGGCGGCGGGGCGAGCAGCCAUGGAGCCGCGGGCGCUCGUCACGGCGCUCAGCCUCGGCCUCAGCCUCUGCUCCCUGGGGCUGCUGGUCACGGCCAUCUUCACCGACCACUGGUACGAGACCGACCCCCGGCGCCAUAAGGAGAGCUGCGAGCGUAGCCGCGCGGGUGCCGACCCCCCGGACCAGAAGAACCGUCUGAUGCCGCUGUCGCACCUGCCGCUGCGGGACUCGCCCCCACUGGGGCGCCGGCUGCUCCCGGGCGGCCCAGGGCGCACCGACCCCGAGUCCUGGCGCUCGCUGCUGGGGCUCGGCGGGCUGGACGCCGACUGCGGCCGGCCGCUCUUCGCCACCUACUCGGGCCUCUGGAGGAAGUGUUACUUUCUGGGCAUCGACCGGGACAUCGACACCCUCAUCCUGAAAGGUAUCGCACAGCGAUGUACAGCUAUCAAGUACCACUUUUCUCAGCCAAUCCGCUUACGAAACAUCCCUUUCAAUUUGACCAAGACAAUCCAGCAAGAUGAAUGGCACCUGCUUCAUUUAAGAAGAAUCACUGCUGGCUUCCUGGGCAUGGCUGUGGCUGUCCUGCUUUGUGGCUGCAUUGUGGCCACGGUCAGCUUCUUCUGGGAGGAAAGCCUGACCCAGCACGUGGCUGGACUCCUUUUCCUCAUGACAGGAAUAUUUUGCACCAUUUCCCUCUGCACUUACGCUGCCAGCAUCUCCUAUGAUUUGAACCGGCUCCCGAAGCUAAUUUAUAGCCUGCCUGAUGAUGUGGAACACGGCUACAGCUGGUCUAUCUUUUGUGCCUGGUGCAGUUUAGGCUUUAUUGUGGCAGCUGGAGGUCUCUGCAUUGCUUACCCAUUUAUCAGCCGGACCAAGAUUGCACAUCUAAAGUCUGGCAGGGACUCCACGGUAUGACUGUCCACACUCGAGUUCACUCCUUGGUGGCCCCGUCCACAGUGCGGACGACUCUUGAAGGGGACGGAGCGGAGUUUGAGUCAGGAUCCCAAGCACAAACACCGUCUUUGACAUUCCAGUCUGUUGCCUGCCAGCCCCUUGUGGACGACUGAUAUCAAAUCAUGCAAAACCUCCAUACUUUUCUAAGGACAAGACUACUGUGGAUUCAAGUGCUUUAAUGACUAUUUAUGCUUUGACUGUGAGGAGUAGGGAACAGUGCCAUGGAACAUUUCUCAGUUUAGAAAGAGAGGAAACUGCAAUGGAAAAAUUUGUACGAUUGCCACUUAUUUCAGAAAGUUUGUAUAUAACAAUUACCCGAGAGUCAUUUCUAUUUGCAAAAGGAUUCAUAACAAAGCGAGUAUAAUUUUCUUGUUGUUGUACCAUGCUUGUUAAAUUUUAAUGCCGCACCUUCAGAACUUGUCCUAAUGGUGUCUUGUGUCAGCUCCAAAUAUUUGUGCAUUAUUCGUUGAUGUUUUUUGUCACAGGAAGAUUCUUCUGUUGCCUUAUUUAUUUUUAAUUGAAGUCUCUUCUCCAUCUUUGUACUGGAAUCAAAAUCAUAAGAGAAACAGACCAACCGUGGAAGAGUUACCCUGUAAUACUAUGCAGUAUUGUUUGAAGUCCUAUCUGUUGUUCAACCUGUCCCUUUAUGUUAACCAGAUCUCUGCAUUAAAUGACUGCCUCCUUGUUAA